UCCACAGACAGCAGCGGCGUGCAGAGUGCAGCAUGCAGGCUCGCUGUUGACGCUGCAGUUGGAUUUGAACACACACACACACACACACACCCCUGAGGAGUGUAUGAGACAUGCCCAGGCUGCCCUCCAUGGACACACACACACUGGCAGGGCACCAGAGAGGAAAUACAGCAGACCCCCGAGCCUGAGGACCGUUGGAGAGCAGCAUGUUUUUUGGUAACACAUGUCAAAAUGGCCUCAUGCCCACCUUGAUGCGGCCCGCCCUGCCCGCCAUCCACACCUCGCUGGGCAUGAAGCAGUUCCUCCCGUUCCCAUUGGACGCCACGGCGGCGGCCGUGCGCCUCUUCCCGGGCUUCAACGCGAUGGACCCCGUGCAGAAGGCCGUCCUCCAUCACACCCUCGGCCUCCCUCCCACCACCACCGCAAAGAGGAGGCACGUGUCCUGCAGCGUCUGCCGGCUGAGGUUCAACUCGCAGAACCAGGCCCUGGCCCACUACAAGGGCACCAAACACGCCAAGAAGCUAAAAGCCCUGGACGCUCCGAAGAGUAAGAUCAAAGGCUCAGCGGUCACCAAGGAAACCGCCAACCAGGACGCCGGCAAGGGCGCCAACACCCCGCAGGUCCACGACGGCGCCGACGGGAAAGAUGGCGUUCUCGGAGCGGCGGCCUUCCCGCUAUCCCCCGUGCUCACACCGGCGCUACCGUUGGCCUCCUUGACGAUCCUCCCACCGUGGUCGCCGCCGCCCGUGGCCUCGCCGAUAGUCCAGAGCACCCCGGCAGCCGCCGCCCCGGAGACUACCUCAGCCACCGGAGGAGGGGACUCGAUUCUCGACUCGCCCUCCGAACCGGACCUGGACCCCGAGGCCGAACCGGACGGCGAGGCGGAGGCGGACGGGGAGUCGGAGGAGGAGAAAGCCAAACGCCUCAUGUACUGCUCGCUGUGCAAAGUGGCCGUCAACUCCGCGUUGCAGCUGGAGGCUCACAACACCGGUACAAAGCACAAGACGAUGCUGGAGGCCCGGACCGGCGGGGGCUCCAUCAAGUCGUUCCCUCGGUCGGCGGUCAAAAGCAAACCGGCCACCGCAACCGUCAAAUCCACGACGGGCCUGCAGGACAAAACCUUCUUCUGUGAGACGUGUGACGUGCACGUCAACUCAGAGACUCAGCUGAAACAGCAUAUCAGCAGCCGGCGCCAUAAAGACCGAGUGGCGGGGAAACCAGCCAAACCUAAAUUCAGCCCCUACAGCAAACCGCAGAAGGGCCCGACCAAGCAGCCGAUAAACUUGUCCCUGGGUAAGGAGCGCCUGUGUCCGCCUCUCACCACGCAGAUCCUACCCGCUCACCUGGCGGCCGUGGCCGCCGCCCUCGGCAACGCAUUCGGGCACCGCACCAACCACAUCGCCAACCACAUCGCCAACCACAACCACAUCGCCAACCACGGCCACAUCGGUAACCACGGCCACAUCGGUAACCACGGCCACAUCGGUAACCACGGCCACAUCGGUAACCGCGGCCCGACCCCCGCCCUCUUCCAGACACAGACCCUCCCCGCUGCACUGCUCCGCCCGGCCCCCGGGCCUGUCAGGACCUCCCACCCACAAGUCCUAUUUGCCCCUUAUUGACCCGGGUCAGGCCCGGUUCUGCCCCCCCCCCGCCAUGGGACCAGACCGCGUGCUCCACCCAGACCGGGCCCAGGAGUCGCGUCAGCAUCUGCACUCCUUCUAUGCAUCCGGGAAAACACCUCCCCCGCUCACAUGGAUUACCCCACAUUUAAAGCAACUGCAGCUUCUCCGAAAAAAACCUCCAACACACAUGCUUUCUGUGCCGUUCUGCAGCCCUCGGCUCGCAGCCGGACCCCGGACCUGGACCCACGUUGUACCGCAAUACGAUAGAAGACUAACCCCCUGUGAACUAUGCAGCGUGGCACUAAGAUCAUCGCUGCCGGAGGAUUACUGUCGCUCGUUAUUUAAAAAGGCUGUUGCUGAUCUCAGAGGCGAGCGAGGGCCUCCUCUGUUCACGUAUGCACUUUAAGCCCCGCCCCUGUUGACGUCCACAGUAGCUUCUAGACUGUGUUAGAUUGUUAGAGUACGUGUCGUGACGUGUGUUUUUUAGUUUUUGUUAUCCGUCCUUCGCAAUUCUGUACGUGUGUGUGAGUGAGUGUGUGUGUGUGUGUGUGUGUGUGUGUGUGUGUGUGUGUGUGUGUGUGUGUGUGUGUGUGUGUGUGUGUGUGUGUGUGUGUGUGCGUGUGCGUGAGCUUCCCAUCCACCGUAGGCCAUCCAAGUUGAUACCCAGCACACAUCGUCACUGACCAUGUCUCUGGCCAGAGGGACCACAAAGGCUUGUGUAUAUUAACUGUCAAGUGUGUAAAAGGUGAACAAUUUCAAAAUAAAAGAGUCAUAAUUUGUUAAUGCUGGUGAUGUUUAGUAGUUCGGUUCAAAUUAUAUUUUUGUUAUAUGUAUAAACGGAAAUGGAAAUCCCAAAAUGCUUCUAUUUAUAAUAUAAUGCUUAUGCUUCUACUAUA